AUGUCAAAAGAUUGCAUCGAGUUUGCGAAAGGAUGUCAAGAGUGCCAGAUGCAUGGGGGCAUCCAGCACGUCCCUGCAAGUGAAUUGCAUGCCAUUGUGAAACCUUGGCCAUUCAGAGGAUGGGCUUUAGACGUAAUUGGGGAAAUAAAACCAGCAUCGUCGAAACAGCAGAGGUAUAUUUUGGUCGGUAUCAAUUAUUUUACAAAGUGGGUCGAAGCGGUAGCUUUGAGAAACGUCGAUCAAGAAACUGUGAUAGAUUUCAUACAAGAUCACAUUAUAUGUCGAUUUGGAAUACCGGAGACUAUCACAAUCGACCAAGGAACAGUGUUCACUGGGAAGAAAAUGCAGGAGUUCGCCCAGGAGGUUGGCAUAAAAUUGUUAACGUCGACACCAUACUAUGCCCAAGCAAACGGAAAAAAGCCAAAAACAUGGCAUCAAUCUUUUAGUCAAGCCCUGUGGGCAUGUCGAACAUCUCCCAAAGAGGCGACUGGCACUACACCAUUUAGAUUGACAUAUGGACACGACGCCGUGUUACCAGUCAAAGUAUACGUUCAAUCAGUAAGGAUACAAAAACAACAUGAGAUACCAUCCGAAGACUAUUGGAGCAUGAUGAUAGAUGAGCUCGUCGGUUUAGAUGAAGAAAGAAUGUUGGAUUUAGAUUCGUUCAGAAGACGAAAAGAAAAAGUAGCCAGAGCUUACAACAAGAAAGUAAGAAAUAAGGUGUUCGCUAUUAACUAUUUGGUUUGGAAAGUAAUAUUGCCUAUGGACAGAAACGAUAGGUUCCAAGGGAAAUGGUCACCAAACUGGGAAGGACCGUUUAAGGUAAUCCAAGUCUUUACCAACAACGCUUACGAGUUAGAAGAGUUAGCUCCAAAUCGACGGAUCAUCAGGGUAAAUGGCAAAUACUUAAAGGAACACAAACCUACUCUUCAGGAGCUCACUAUUUCUACAACGUAG